AUGGAUGGGAAACAUGUUCUACUGGAUCACUUGUUACCUGCGGCCUAUGGAUCGAUUUUUCGAUGUAUCGUUAUCGGUCCUGUUUCCGAGGUGGAACCUGAUACUUAUCGGUAUCACGUUGCUGUCACCCUUUCGGUGUCCCUUGAGGACAUGGUCCAUCGUUUCUGUCAAGUGGAAGAACCCGAUACAGCUCCGGUCAUGUCCCAUGACGAGGGCCAAUGUGAAGCUGUAUAUAGCACCGAGCGGUAUCGUGACAUAAAUGGAAGAUAUGUAGUUCCUAUGCCGUUCAAGCCCCUUCAUCGCGACGAAUUAUUCCCUAGGUCCCGUCAAAUCGCUAUACACCGUUUCCAGAACCUGAAACGGAAACUCUAG